UACACUCCCAUUUUUUGACUAAUUAGACCAUCCCUUCGUGUUCCAAAUUAAGGGAGAGAGAAAUCUAGAGGGGGAGGAGGGAGGUUUAUAGUGAAAAUUAUCAACAAAGUAGAAAUGGAGAAUCAACUAGAUUUCAUAGCCAAAUUUGCCAACUCUAUGGCCACCACAACAAACGACAAGUACACAAUCUUCGCCGGUGUCUUCUUCGUCAUCUUCAUCGUUCAUGUUUUUUACAAGUGGUUUCGCGGUGACCACCACCUCGCAGCAUUCACCUUCAACCCUAAUCUUAGCAACAAUGAUAAUUUGUACUGUGCUGUGUGCCUUCAUGAUGUCACCGGCGGCGAGAAGUACCGGAGGCUGCCGGAAUGCAAACACUGCUUCCAUGUUGACUGCAUCGACGCAUGGUUUGAGUCCCAUUCAACGUGCCCUCUAUGUAGAAGCCAUGUCUCUCAUACUUUUCAUCAGCAUCAACACGAGCAAAGUUUUCUCACUCAUUUUCUUUCAUUUUCUCAGAAAAUACUUUGGAACGUGUGUAAUCCUCUUAACUAUGAGCUUACUCUGAAUUUUUGUGAGAAUUUAAGAUACAUUUCUUAGCUAUAAAUAUUAAUGUUCAUUUCUUUGUAAUUAUGUAUUGUAUGAUCAUUAAAUGAAUAUUCAUUCAA